AUGUAUGAACAGAAGCACACUAUUGGCCGGCACCCCCAACCUCAGGGCGGUGAACACACAACCACCCUGAGCAGCCAGGUGCAGUAUAGACAACCUUACCAACAAGCAGCGAGCGCACUCCGCAAUGUCUCCGGCAAAGACGCCCAUGCUAUGAUGACACCAACAACAAUUACGAUGGCCGUAUUCUCCCUUAUAAUAAUCAAUAAAGCCGGUGGGCUAGUCUACCAGCGCGAAUUCCAACCAGGACUGCGCAAGCUCUCGACAAACGACUACCUCGUCCUGGCGGGCACGUUUCACGGUGUCCACGCCAUCACCCGCUCCAUCACCCCCAAGCUCCCCCUCGCCCCCGCCGCAGCACUCGCAACAACACCCACCACCGCGACCACACCCUCUCCCAACAAUGUCGUUUCUCCUUCCGCCACAUCAUCAACCCCUACCUCUUCUACAGCUUCAUACUCGUACCCGAACCCCGGAGUACCCGCGACGGGUCUCGAGUGUCUAGAAACGGACAAGUUCCGAUUAACGUGUUUCCAGACGUUGACGGGCACCAAGUUCCUCUUGUUUACGGAUCCGCUGAUGGCAAAUAUCGAGGUGGUUAUGAAGAAGAUAUAUGAGCUGUAUGCGGACUUCGUUAUGAAAAAUCCUUUCUAUCAGUUGGAAAUGCCCGUGAGGUGUGAGGCGUUUGAUCGGAAUUUGCAGGGUUGGUUGAGGGGGAGGACUUGA